CCCAAAAUCAAUGACUUUUCACUUUCAAACCUCAAUAUUUUCAUUUUCUUGUAAGAUAUUCACCCAAAAUAAUUACAUGUUGUAAAUUUUUGUAAUUCUAUGAAUUUUACUGUUAAUUCUGAAAAACCCUGAAAAUAUUGAGAGUCUUUGAUUUCUUCAUUUAUGGCUGCUGAAGAAGAGAAAACCAAGAGACAGAGAUUUUACAUUGAACUUAAACAUGGUGAAACAACCAUUGUUUCUUGGAAGAAGUUACUCAGAAAAGCAAAGGAGAAGGAUCAAUGUGGAUCCCGCUUACUUCCUUCUUCAACUGCUCUUGAAACUUCCAGAAGUGCUAUGGAUGGGAACCAUGAUGGCGGCCUGUACAAUGAUUCUUUCAUCAGGAAUAGAAGCGCCAAACAUAUAAAUAAAGCCGUAUCAUCAGAUUGCAUGCAGCCGGGAAAGGGCAGAGUAGAAGUGGCGAAAAUUGAAUGUGAAAAGAAUGACGGCCAUUCAUCAAUUAAACAUGCAGGAUGGGAGAGCUUGAGUGCAAAAGCCACUUCCAAGUCCAGCAAUCUGUUGGACGAGACCUUUAAACACUCUAGUUCACCUGCUGUGGUAAAAGAUCAUCGAUCCAAAGAGCUGCAAGCAUCUAGAAUGGAUGCCCCUGUCUUGACCUAUUCAAAGAAAUCUGCCAGAUUUUGCAGUAGAUCCAAGUGUCCACCUCUGAAUGCAAUUGACGGGGAUGCUUCUAUGUUUCCGUUGAAUACAACACAUAAUGUCCUGCAAAAGACUCAGAAGAUACCUUCUGAGAAAAUGAAAGUAGGAGUUGGAGGUGAUUUGUCUAACAUUGUGAGUCAGAACUUUGAGGGUAGAUGUGUUCCUGUGAAAAACAGCCCUACAUCUGGGAUAUUGUUGCAUGAUAAAAUACCUUCCAAAAGUUGGCAUAAUGACAAGAGUGGUGAAUAUAGGGGACUCGAUGCUAUUUUACCAGGCUACAAGUCUUCAUUGAAAGAUUCAACGAGUACCAAAGUAUCUGAAAACUGUGGCGUAAAAGAUGUUAUUUCACCGGGCUACAAGCCUUCAUUGAAUAAUGCACUUGUAGGGUUAUGGCCUGAAGGAGUAAUGGAUCACCAUACUUUGACAGAAGCAAUGAGCAGAGCAAAAAGUAGAAGAGCAAUAGCUGAUAAAAAUCCGGUUCGAAACAUGGUGGAUGAUGUUUCAAGAAAUUUCAGUCGUAUUCCUUGCCAGAAGAGGAAAGUUACUGAUUCGAGCAACAUCAGUAAUCCCAUUCCUUAUUGUCCCAGAAAGAUAGCUCCUAAGAAGCCAUUAAUAGAGCAGCCUAUCUUUCAAAGCAAGAGUUCUUGUCCAUUUCCAAAGAAUGUGAAACUGACUUUUAAGCAGAAGCAGCAGAUCCCAGAGAAAACAAAUAUGAAAGUCAGAUUCCUUUUGAAGCAGGAGCAUGAAACUAUCAAAUCUAACGCGCAAGUCGCCAAAGACACAUUGGAUCACUCAAGAACUGCUGCUUCUCUGAUGUGCAAUCAACCAGUUUGAUAUGCAUGCACAUCCUGUAAAUAAUGCAUAUAUUUCUCAAAGAACAGCUAUCUUCGUAGUAAUCGAUUAGGCUAAUGAUAUCCCUCCGGACAACACCAUGCAUAAUUUAGGUUGGAAAUGUAAGUCUAGGGGGAAGUUUUGGCCUUUUUUUUUCUUCGUUUUCGCUAACGGCAGCUUUGUGAUUCCCCCUCCCUUACAGUUGUCCUGGCUGGGAAAUUUUUGGUGGUCUAGUAAUCUUAUGAUUAUGAGUCUUGGGAGUUGGGACUCUUUUGAAGCUUUAAUCUAUAUUCUGUUUAUUAAACAAUUAAAAAAAAAAAAACCACUAAAACCUUAAGUUAAGGUGUAGUUAC